AUGGCUGUAGCAAAUUUAUCUUAUCACAACAAGAGUUUGAGUGGUUACCUUGGCACAACACAAAGUGUUAAAUGGCAGGUGCAACACCAUAUGGAUGAGAAGGAGCAAGAAGAGGAGCAAAAUAUCUUACUCUCACCAUUUGAGAAAGUUAUUUAUGACAUGAAGAAUAGCAAGAAAGUAAAAAAUGAACUGAUGCUUGGAAAAAGGAUUGGAUUUUACCAACUCCGUGGAGAAAUUGGUACUGGGAACUUCUCCAAAGUGAAGCUUGGAAUACACUGCUUAACAAAAGACAAGGUAGCAAUUAAAAUCAUGAAUAAAAAGCAAGUAACCCAGAAUUCACAACAACUGUUCAUAAAUGAAAUUCUGUGUAUGGAGCAACUUCAUCAUCCAAAUAUCAUCCGGCUGUAUGAGAUGCUGGAAACACAAUCUCGACUGUACCUGGUCUUGGAGUAUGCAGAUGGAGGGGAUCUUUUCACCAAGAUCUCCACAAAUGGACGUUUCUCAGAAUAUGAGAGUAAAUUUAUAUUUAUUCAGAUUGUAUCGGCUGUUAAACACAUGCAUGACAACAAUGUGAUCCAUCGGGAUCUCAAGGCAGAAAAUGUGUUCUACUCAGCUGCUAAUUGUGUGAAGUUGGGUGACUUUGGCUUCAGUGCUGUGUGUCCUUUGUCGGAACCCUUAAACACUUCUUGUGGCUCUCCUCCAUAUGCAGCGCCAGAGCUCUUUAAAGAAAAUAGCUACUUUGGAAUUCACGUGGACAUCUGGGCUCUGGGCAUCCUACUGUACUUCAUGGUGACGGCAACCUUGCCUUUCCAUGCGGAAACUGUCAGGAAGCUGAAAAAGUGCAUUUUACUAGGAUCGUACACAAUUCCAGCCUAUGUAUCAGAUCCCUGCCAGAAAUUAAUUCAUGGAAUUCUUCAAACUGUUCCAACAAACCGCUUCACCCUGGCCAACAUCCUGGACAGUCCAUGGCUGAAGGGAAUGGAAUGUCCUGAGCCAUACCAACCAUUCCACUUGAAUCCGGCACACCUAGCCAGUUCUCUCCCUCUAAACGAAGAGGAAAAGGAGGUGAAGAAUGCAUUGAGGCGCCUGGGAAUCACAGAGGAGCACAUCUGCAAUAAUACUCAUUGGGACUGUCACAGUCCCAUCACUGGGACUUACCGCAUCCUUCUCCACCGGAGCCAGAAGCGGCGCUAUUCAGAGGGUCCUGCCAUGAUGAACAAUUGUCCUGCAAAAGGGAGGCUGAAUGAAAACAGGAAGAAGCAUCUCAAAGCACGUGCACAAACUUCACGGAUGUGUCUGAUUCUGUAG